GCCGAGCUGAGUCGAAUUUUAUACUAGUUUGAGCUCGGUUCGUUUAUUAACGAGCCGAAUCCAGUCGAGUUCGAGUUAGCUUGUUUGUUAAAAUAUUGACUUUUAUUUGAUAUUUCAUUUUGUAUAUCAUGAUAAUAUGAUUUAUUUUGUUAGCUAAUCUCAUAUUAUGCUCUGUUGGUAUCAUAUAUCAUUUAGUUAAUAAUUUUUAACUACUCCAAAUCAUAUUAAUUCACAGUAUCGAAGCAAUCUAUGAUACAUGAUUUCUUUUAAAAUAGAAAAUAAGAUAUAUUUGCUCACAUACUCAACGUGUGUUAAACUUUAUAUACGGCGAGAUAUAUAAUUUAACAACCAUAUGAAUUAAAAUCAUAAGAUAUAGAUUGAUUCGUCCAUAAGUCUGUAAUCAUGUUGGCUCUCUAGUCACAUGUUGAGACAUAUCAUGAACUCUAAACGAGACAGCUCACGAGUUUAGCUGAACAAGCCACCGAGUCGAGCUAGCUCGCAGCCCUCGCUAUACGGGCUAUAUACUAAAUAUGGCCAUCUAUUAAACAAUCGAAGAGAAUGAUUCUUUUCAAACGUGAAACGCGUCCGUUAGAAAUUGUAUAUGCCUCCACCAUUCAGCAGCGUAUACGAUUGCACCCAAAACAAGAAAAGAGAAGGAAAAGAAGAAUACAUACGUCAUUAAAAAGGCCUACCACUUUUCUAGCUCGUUGAACUCUUUUUUUUACCAUUCCUCUCAUUUUCACAUCUGGUUUUUCAAAAGAAAAUUGUACUCACACUCUCUUGUUUUCAAAUUGGUAGAUACCCAGCUCAGGAAAAAAAAAAAAAAUGGUGAUCACAUUCAUAUAUGUAUGGUGAUCUGUUGCCGUGUUAUAAUAUUCUACUUGUUGCACGUACAAUAUUAUGAAUCUUGGCUAAAAACAUUUUCUCAUAAUAAUUAACUGGGAGAAUUAUUAUAAAUUACAUCAUUUGAACAAAACAAAAAAACACUAAUCAGGGCUUUUUUUUUACAUGAUUUGAUCACAGAAAGGAUUUCCAUAAGUAUGGAGACAGGCUAUUAUUACCUCUCCUAAUUAAAACUUAACUUGAUGCGCAAAUGGAUUUAAUGAAUUAAAAGAAGAAGAAGAAAAAAAAAUGAAAAGGAAAAUCGUAAAAACUAAAAUCUCCAAUCAAAUGAAUCAAUCACACACAGCUUCUCUUUUGCCUAGCUAUGUGUCUCUCUCUCAGUGGCUUCUCCAGGACUUCACACCUCAACUUACUUGCUCUCCACGGAUCUCUUCCCCUCUCAAACAAAAAAACAAAACAACAUUUCUCCUUUUCUAAUUAAAUUUCUUCAACAAGCUCCUCUAUUUAAGCUCUCUUUCAGCCUUUCCUUCAACUUUCUUAACUGUUUCUUUCUUCAACAAUUCCCCUUCCUCCUUUCCCCUUCCUCCUUUUCCGCGAGCUUGAAAAAAAGGUUCUUAUCAUUCAUCUCUAGCUAGUUUGAAUUUGAAUUUGAAUACAUGGAAGAGCCGACCGUGCUGAACAACGUCAGAGGCGGCGAGGAAAUGCUGGAUUUGCCGCCGGGGUUCCGUUUCCACCCCACCGACGAGGAAAUCGUCACUCAUUACCUCACCCCCAAGGUCAAGGACGACACCUUCAGCGCCGUCGCUGUCGGAGAAGCCGAUCUCAACAAGUCCGAGCCCUGGGACCUCCCCAGCAAAGCGAAGAUGGGGGAGAAAGAGUGGUACUUCUUCUGCCAGAGGGACAAGAAGUACCCUACGGGGAUGAGGACGAACCGCGCGACGGAGGCUGGCUACUGGAAGGCCACCGGAAAAGACAAGGAGAUUUUCCGGGGAAGAGGUUGCCUCAUCGGGAUGAAGAAGACGCUGGUGUUCUAUCGCGGCAGAGCUCCCAAGGGAGAGAAAACCAAUUGGGUCAUGCACGAAUACCGCCUCGACGGCAAGUUCUCUUACUACUCCUUCCCCAAAGCUUCAAAGGACGAAUGGGUUGUAUGUAGAGUGUUCCACAAGAAUCCGGCGGCGGCGGCGGCGGUGGGCGGUGGUGGCGGAGGAGGAGUGUUGAUGAAGAGAGCUUCCCCGAUGGAAGAUUUCCUGGCGAGGGCGAAUUCCUUCGGCAACGGCGACGAUUUCUUGUUGGACGCUUCCUUGUCGCUGCCGCCCUUGAUGGAUCUCCCGUACGGCAACAGCGAGUUCGCUAAACCGACGUCGUCGUCUGGAGUGGUGGGGGAAGGCAGUUCCAAUUCCAAUUACGGCGGCUUCCCCAAUUCGUUUAACGUCGUCAACAAUUACCGUCAGUAUACUUUCCCCAACCCGGCGACGACGACGGGUUAUUUGCACGGCGGCGGGCAGUGCAAGGCGGAGCAGUCGAUGGUGAGCCUUUCGCAGGAGACGGGGCUGAGCACGGACAACAUGAGCGGCGCGGCGCCGGAGAUAUCGUCGAGCGUCGGAGGGAAGGGGUACGAUGGGUUGGAGGAUCCGACGUCGUCCGGUAUGGCUGGAUUGGACUGCUUCUGGGAUAAUUACUGAUCCAUCCUCAUUGUUUGAUUAAUAAUUCGUCAUCAAGGGUAAUUAUAAUUAGGAUUUAAGAGAUUGGGGGAAAAGGGACAGUGAUUAAUUCUCCCUCUUUUUUUUUCUUUUUUCUUUUCUUUCUUUCUAUUUACAACAUUUGAUUAGGUAGACAUUGGUGGGGGGUUUUUCUUUUUUAAUUUCUCUGUACAGAUUGUGGUGUUGUUGUUAAUUACCUCAUCGCUAGUGUUGUUAAGAGCUCUAACCUCGUGCUGCAGAUGUAAAAAUCUGCAAAUUUUAUUAACAGCUAUACAUACCAGAAAAAAGAGAGAGAGAGAGCUGUAUUAUAUAUACCAUUGUAAAACAUUCAUAUGAAAUAUAUAUAUAUGUGUAGUUAUCUUAAUGGAUUUCUGAUGUACUUUUUUGCGGUAUUUUGUUUUUAUUUAUAGAAUGGUAAUUUAUCUUAUGGUACUUUUAGGUCUUCAUGCGCUGUAUUGUUUGACGAAAUUGGUACACAGUACCUUUCAUUUGGGUAGGAAAAAAAUGGAGUACGUACAGUGCUCUGAUUCCAGGCUACUUUGAUUCUUUGGUGACCAAUUCCAGUCUCGGACCAUUUACCCACGUGGGGGGAAGAGGUUAAUAUCAUAACAACCAUGAAAUGAAAGCUAACUAUAUAUUCUCAAUUCCAUACCGGCAAAUCACGGGAGAGAACUAUGGUUUAUAGGUAAGAAACCAAUAUUAAAUGACAAGACGCACUUUGUGGCGAAAUCUGAAAUGUAGGAGUUCUUGUGAGAAUUCUGAAAUUAAACGUGCUCAAUAUGGAGCACUGUAACCUUAUAGAGCACAGCCCAUAUGGUAUACAUAUUGAAAAUUAGUCGAUCGAUCGAAUAUAUAUAUUGGCUCUAGAUGAUCACUAGGCAAAGUAGAAAUUAAAUAAGAAGUUUUCUUAAUCAAUUUUGAAAUUCGGAGGAUUGUAGAAUAGUAAUAUUGAUGAGUUAGGUUUGCAAUAUAUAUAUAAGUAUACUUUUACGAGAGAUGGGGACAUAAAUGACCUCCAUAUCAUCUGAUAUCUUUCUUAUACAAAAAUGGAAAAGUAAUGAAGGAUAUAUAGUUACUAAAAGAAAUAUUCCGGAGAUAAUUUGGGUUCAUUAUCUCCACGAAAGACGAAAUAUUUUGGUGGGUGACUCGCCAAAAUACAACUUCUAACAAUGACCAAGUGUAACCAAUGAAAUGGGUUGCAAUAUAGUGAUACAAGUACUAAAUUUCGAAUCCACGAGUCUCUAGAGUUACUAUUACUCAGCUUCGGUUCAUUAUCUAGCAAACCGAAUUAAGAUAGAAGAACUAUAACUACUCUAGCAAACUACAGUUCAAGUUAAUCUAAUUAUAGGUUAGAAACUCACUUAGGUAUGAUUCGCCCUAACCAGCUAGCCAGAUUAAUGAUUGAUGAUAUCUAACUUGUUAAACUUUCAUUCACAAUGCUGAGCGUCCUUGAUUAGACCUUGAAUCUCGACUAAAGAAGUCGAGGCCCUCUUGAGUUAAUUUCCUAGAGGGACGUAUCCUUCUCAAGAACAACUGAUCAAGGCGUUCUGAACUAGAUUCCCUCUAUCGAAUGAGGAUCUUAAUCAAUACAAAACACUGAAUCGACUCUCGACUAAAGCAAUCGAUCCAAUACUAUCAAUCUAUGAUGCUCUAUUGAUCUAAUCAGGUAUUCUCUCUCAUAGGAUAAAAGCAGAAUCAAUAAUCUUUACUAAAGCAUAAUUGAAUCAUGAAAACAUCGAUAGAUUGAAUAUGAACUCAAGAUUAUCAAGUAGAAGUACUCAUACAAUCAUCCAAUGAAACAAAGAUAGUUAGGGUUCCUCAAAACCUAAGUGAAGGGAAGUUACUCCAUAGAGAAGAGAGAGACUCCAGUAAGAAUCUUCAGAUGAUCAUCCUUCAAGUCUGGGCUUAUUCCUCGAGCUUUCAAUGCUUCAAAAUCGUCCUCUAAUCGUCCUCUCUCUCUAUGGUUUGCCCCUUGGGUGUUUGGGAACCAAACCCAGCUCUCCGCUUCCAAAAUUGCAAAAAAACGGACCUUUAUACCCGUUGUUGGCAUGUUCCACGAUCACCCCUUCUAUUCCUCGGUCGUGGAAUAGAUAUGCCAAACCGGGAUUUAGCGCUCCAACUAGUGGAACUCAUUUUUCCUAUUUCCCCUAUCUUUGAUGCCUCGUUUAUCCCUCAUCCAGACUCCGAAUUAGUUGUCGUUUGAUCCCAGAAGCUCGUAAUCAGGGGUGAACCCACCUCUAAUGGAGGUUUGUCACCUGACACACCUUCGUCCGAAAUUUUUGUCAGGAACCUAUAUUUUUUCGGUAUAAAAAACUCAAACCCGAGACCUCCACACACCUUCGAUAAUUUUUGUUAUUCCUUUCCGGUGAGCCACUUUUACGAGAGAUGGGGACAUAAAUGACCUCCAUAUUAUCUGAUUUCUUUCUUAUACAAAAAUGGAAAAGUAAUGAAGGAUAUAUAGUUACUAAAAGAAAUAUUCCAGAGAUAAUUUCGGUUCAUUAUUUCCACGAAAGACGAAAUAUUUUGGCGGGUGACUGGCUAAAAUACAACUUCUAACAAUGACCAAGUGUAACCAAUGAAAGGGGUUGCAAUAUAGUGACACAAGUACUAAAUAUCGAAUCCACGAGUCUCUAGAGUUACUAUUACUCAGCUUCGGUUCAUUAUCUAGCAAACCAGAAUAAGAUAGAAGAACUAUAACUACUCUAGCAAACUACAGUUCAAGUUAAUCUAAUUAAAGGUUAAAAACUCACUUAGGUAUGAUUCCCCCUAACCAGCUAGCCAGAUUAAUGAUUGAUGAUAUCUAACUUGUUAAACUUUCAUUCACAAUGCUGAGCGUCCUUGAUUAGACCUUGAAUCUCGACUAAAGAAGUCGAGGCCCUCUUGAGUUAAUUUCCUAGAGGGACGUAUCCUUCUCAAGAACAACUGAUCAAGGCGUUCUGAACUAGAUUCCCUCUAUCGAAUGAGGUUCUUAAUCAAUACAAAGCACUGAAUCGCUCUCGACUAAAGCAAUCGAUCCAAUACUAUCAAUCUAUGAUGCUCUAUUGAUCUAAUCAGGUAUUCUCUCUCAUAGGAUAAAAGCAGAAUCAAUAAUCUCGACUAAAGCAUAAUUGAAUCAUGAAAACAUCCAUAGAUUGAAUAUGAACUCAAGAUUAUCAAGUAGAAGUACUCAUACAAUCAUCCAAUGAAACAAAGAUAGUUAGGGUUCCUCAAAACCUAAGUGAAGGGAAGUUACUCCAUAGAGAAGAGAGAGUCUCCAGUAAGAAUCUUCAGAUGAUCAACCUUCAAGUCCGAGCUUAUUCCUCGAGCUUUCAAUGCUUCAAAAUCGCCCUCUAAUCGUCCUCUCUCUCUCUCUCUAUGGUUUGCCCCUUGGGUGUUGGGAACCAAACCCAGCUCUCCGCUUCCAAAAUUGCAAAAAAAGGACCUUUAUACCCGUUGUUGGCAUGUUCCAUGAUCACCCCUUCUAUUCCUCGGUCGUGGAAUAGAUAUGCCAAACCGGGAUUUGGCUCUCCAAGUAGUGGAACUCAUUUUUCCUAUUCCCUCUAUCUUUGAUGCCUCGUUUAUCCCUCAUCCAGACUCCGAAUUAGUUGUCGUUUGAUCCCAGAAGCUCGUAAUCAAGGGUGAACCCACCUCUAAUGGAGGUUUGUCACCUGACACACCUUCGUCCGAAAUUUUUGUCAGGAACCUAUAUUUUUUCGGUAUAAAAAACUCAAACCCGAGACCUCCACACACCUUCGAUAAUUUAACCAACAUACACCUUAUUACAUUAAAUUUUGUUGUUGUCAUAAUGUUAUUAAAAUAUAUAAAUACAGGAGUUAUAUGACUUCAGACUAGGUAGUUAAUUAGUUGGUAGUACAAGAGUAAGCAAUUAAUUGGCUACUUAGUACGUAGUGAGUUUUCAGACAGAUAACUAUCACCUUAGAGAUAACCUUGGUAAUUUAAAUGAGAAUUAUAUUGAUUAAUAAGCUGGUUGAUUCUAGUAAUUAGAUAGUGAAUUCCAUCUCGUUUUUCCUCGUAGCUUCUUUCAUAUAUUUUUCUUUAAGUUAAUUUCCAAUUUACUUUUUAGUUUAGUUGUUGCUUUUCAUGUUGACGUCAGUCACCACCCUCCAAUUGUUGGCGUCGGUGAUAUCCUCAUUCUCAUUCAAACUUUCAUUUUGAUACUUAUGGUAACCCUUCCAGCUUUCUCAUAUUGAAUUAGUGUUUACUUUACCCCUUGCAACCGCAAGCUACAAAAUGAUAUUUUUCAUAUAUCAGCUUAAUAAAUAAUGAUAUUUGGUAUCACUUGAGUGUUGAAUGACCAAUUUAUGAAUAAUUGUUUAGUUAUUUACAUAAAAAGGUUUGAUUUGCAACCUAGCUAAUGGACAAAUGUAAUUUAAAAAUCUUUCGAAAUAUGAAAAUUUAUCCUGGUUCACUUUAAAAAACAAUGAAUUUGGUGAAAUUUAUGAGUGAAAUUUUGUAUUAAUUUUUAAUCAAUUAUUUAUUUCAUUUAUUUUAAGCAAUUAUUUUUUAUCUUAAACCUUUUUUAAUGAAUCGACACACCUAUCCCAAAAUUCUGGGUUCGCCACUGCUCGUAGUCUCGACUUCUUUCUUUUCAUGACAAACUUACAUGAUUCUUUGUCCAUAAAAUGAGGUAGAAAUUCAUUCUUGGUCAAUUCCAACAUUAACCAACUUCUCCUCAUACACAAAACCUUGUGGAAGAUGAUACUCUUGUUGUCUCUGUAAUGAAGUCAUACCAAACACACAUGUCCCACUAGGGGUUCCAAAUUGUUAACACUGGAAUAACAAGUGUAUGGGUGCUCUCUAACAUUUAUUAAGGUGAUAAAUGUUACUAUGGUACACGUCUUCAAACAUUGUUCGAACGAGGGUGUUUGGUGCAUACAAAAGAACCAACAUUACUAUGAUCCUACUCCUAUAGAGAUUUCUUGAGAGCUCUGUGACUGCAACUAACACCAUAGCUAUGGAGGAUCCUUCAUGGAGGGGAGCUCCACACAUUACAAAGAAAAAGUAAAAAAAGGACACUUGAGACAAAUUUCAUGUGUGUUGGAUUGUGAUCGUCCCCUUCCUCCGAAAGCUUGCUUCAACUUUUGUUGGAAAAGAGUCGUUCAACUGCUCUCUCACUCUUCUUCUCGAAAAGUAGUUUUGUAGUAUCUAAACUAGUCACUUUCACUCAUUUGUAGUCAAUGAAAGCCUCUAGAUACAUAUGACCAUGUCGCAGCAACUAUCUACUUAGGAGUUGGAUGAUAUCCAUGAUAUGAGAUGGACAACAUCCACUUUGCGAUUUGAUGGUAUAUCAAUGAAGCUGAACAGAUGGU